AUGGCUCUGACGUUUGACGACGGACCUUUCACGUACACGAGCCAGAUUCUCGACAUUUUGGACAAGCUUCAAGUCAAGGCCACCUUCUUCAUCACCGGAAACAACAAAGGAAACGGCCAUAUCGACCAAGGCUGGACUGGAUACCGCGAUGUGCUCCGCCGCAUGUACAACACGGGACACCAGAUCGCCAGCCACACCUGGACGCACCGGGAUCUGAACAGCCUCGUUCAGUUCGACGGCUCGACGAGUGUGGAGCUGGGUCUCCGUGUGCGCAAGUCCGAAAUGAUAUUCAACGAGAUGGCUUUUCGCAACAUCUUCGGCUGGAUCCCAACCUACAUGCGAGCCCCUUAUCUCGAGUGCGCCGAGAGCUGUCAAGAGUUCAUGGGCCAAUUGGGCUAUCACAUCAUCUCGACCAACAUGGAUACCAAAGACUACCUGUCCAACGAUCCGUCUCUCAUCGAGCAGGCAAGACAGAGAUUCAGCGACGGCGUGUCGACGAACGCAGCCCAGAGCAGCUACAUUAGCUUGGCGCACGACAUUCAUCUUCAAACGGUCAUCAACCUCACGCCUUUCAUGGUGGAGCUGUCCAGGAGUCGGGGCUAUAAGUUGGUCACCGUGGGCGAGUGCCUGGGAGACCCCGAGACGAACUGGUAUCGCUUCGUAGACGGAGCAUCUCGAGCUGAGGGAGAUUCGGGCCGACGGGCCCCUUCACCCCCAUCCAAGCCGAGAAACACGCAAGUUGUCGGUUCCGGCCAACGCUGCGGCCCGAGCACCGGAAAGACCUGUCUAGGCUCUGGAUUCGGAGACUGCUGCUCCGAAUUUGGAUACUGGUACGUGCCACCUCCCUACCCUGCCCCGACCAUGUUUGCCUCGUAUUGA